AGAACCAGCCAUGGCGCAGCUGGAGUUGGCUGCAAUUUGGAUGAACAAGUAGCCAAAGAGCCUGUGUGGUUUUGGUUCAAGCUGCUUGCAGUUUCAAUGCCUGGAUCAACACCUCUGCAGUGCAAGUGAUUGUCAGACAUCGAGGCAGCGUGCAGCCGUGGCUCUGCACCAGCAGAGAGGAAUUGUGCUGACGACUGGCCAUCUCCAUCGUUUCAGCAUGCUCAUAGCCACUGGGAAGAGCUGCUGACCUAGAGGCAGAAGCUGGUUCUGGGAGACUCCAUUACUACCCCUGCCAGAUGACCAUAGAUGGGCAAACCAAAGCAGCAACUGCAGGAGAUGUGCACACCUACCUCCCAGCGGCAGACGAGGGGAAUGACCUGCCUGUGGCUUCUCAGAGGGGAAUGACUUCUCUCAGUGCUUUUCUUCGAGCCUCCUGAGCCCACCAGCAGGCUCAGCCAUCCCAGCAAGUCCCUCUCCUGACCCCCGCUGGGCAUGUCGGUUUCCAAUACGUCUCAGACAUGCAAGGAUUACAGCUUCAACCACCACCUCCUCCUGCCUGGCUACAUCCUGAUUUUCAUCACGGGACUGAUGCUGAAUGUUAUGGCCCUGUGGAUAUUCAUCCGCUACCUGCGCCUGAAGUCUGUAGUCAUGAUCUACAUGUUCAAUCUGGCCGUGAGCGACCUCACCUUCACACUCCCUCUGCCGCUGCGGCUCUACUACUACUCCAACCACCAGUGGCCCUUUGGUAACACCCUGUGCCAGGUCUCUGGCUCUGUCUUUCAGAUCAACAUGUAUGGUAGCUGCCUCUUCCUCAUGUGCAUCAACCUGGAUCGCUACGUUGCCAUUGUCCACCCACUUCGUUGGCGGCAUCUGCGGCGCCCCAAGGUCGCCAAGCUCCUCUGCCUGAUCGUCUGGGUUGUGAUCUUCACGGGCUCCAUCCCCACGGCCAUAGUCCACAAGCAGAACCACUGUGAGGUGCAGAACCAGACCAUUUAUCUGUGCUUUGAAAGCUUCAGUGACAACAUGUGGCAGAAAAACCUCUUUCCCCUAGUUGUCCUGGCCGAAAUCUUGGGGUUCCUCCUGCCUCUCAGCUCUGUGACAUACUGCUCAAUUCGGAUCUUUCAGGAGCUCUGCCAGGGCAGCCAGAAGAAGACUUUGCGACAGCAGAAGACUGUUCGUCUCCUCUUGGUCAACCUGGUCAUCUUCAUCAUCUGCUUUGUGCCCUACAACACUACCCUGGCAGUUUAUGGGAUGAUAAAGGCCCGGGUGAUGAAGGUUGAGCAAGAAACACAGAAGACUGUGCGCCAGGUGUUAAUUAUGACCAUGCUGUUGGCCAGCAUGAACUGCAUGCUGGACCCCUUGAUCUACUACUUUAGUACUGAGGGUUUCCGUAACACCUUCAAGAAACUGAGGCGGGGGCAAGCCUGGGACUCAGAUAUAGGGAUGCUUAAGAAUCAGGUUGUGGAGAGCAAGUCAACCCGUGACCACACUGUGUCAAAAGUUAAACAGUUCCCAAAUGAAAAAAUUAUCCCUCCAAAUGAAUCUUCACCAUCCCUUUCUACUGCAGUAUUUUUGAACGGGCCUAUUGAGGACUCAGAAAUAUAACCACGGGAAAGUCAUACCAUUGCAGAGUCACUCAUUCAAUCAUUACAGCAAGACCAUAGGGCACAGGUGAGGGUAACUCAGCAAACUGUUGGGGGGAGUACAGCAGACUGUAUGUGGGUGAAUGUGAUGAUACAAAGCUGAAGGACAAAAG